GCGUGGCGACAAUCCAGGUGUUCUCGAAAGACGUCGUGCUACAGUAUGUUUUUGUUUUGGACGUAUUAAGAAAUGGCUUUGACUCAAGAGGCGAUUUUAAACACGUUAUUAGAAAACGGAGGAAAGGUGAAAAACUCAGAUCUGCUGAGCAAGUUUCAAGAGCCACUGAACUGCAGUGACCCGGCAGAGAAGAAAGAGAACCGAGAUCUCUUUAAAAAGUUUGUCAACAACAUUGCAGUCGUGAAAGAAUUCCAGGACGGCAAGUAUAUAGUCUUAAGGAAAGCGUACAAUCAUUUACUAAAAGCCUCGAAUGAUGAAAACGCACCAAGAGAAGAUUGCAAUCAAGAUGGAUCACAUCCAGAAGAAGAAGAGAAGGAAAAACACACUCAUUCCCAAAGUCCAGAAGGUAGGAAGUCUGAACCGAAAGCUCUGAGCGGAUCUGCAUCAAGGGCUUCAGACCGGGGACUCUCUCCCAUAGAGACUGCUUUGGAAAGAAGCAAGAAUGUAGACUUAAAACCUAAAAAGUCUUUGCUUUUCACCGUGCCGCUAAAGUCUGACACUGAUUCUUCUGAAAAUGCCCGAAAACAAGCAAACGCACACAAACCGUUUGCUUUACCUUUACGAAUGCCCCAAAUAGACUUCGGUCCUCGUUACAAGAAGCCUGAGAGCUUGGGCUCUGAACAAGAGCUUCAACCCUCGCCUCAGUGCAAAAGAAGAACGUCUUCAGACCGCAUGGCCUGUCCUAGCGGCUCCCCGCAGUUACGAAGACACUUCAAGACACCAAAACAAGCAGAUGAGCCGAAGGACUCGCAUCACUUUGCACUUGAUCCUGUUGAACACGAGUGGCUGGUGAAGUCUGCAUCCGGACAGUGGAAUCAAGUGCACGGCCUUCUGUUAAAGGAUGGCCACCUCGCAGAGAAGAAGGACUUCAUGUCUGGGUUCACGGCCUUGCACUGGGCCGCCAAGUGUGGAAAUGCUGAAAUGGUGCGUAUGAUUAUUGAGCGGUCUAGGGAAUACGAUCAUGAGGUGGACGUCAACGCCAAGUCCAAUGGCGGCUACACGCCACUACACAUUGCUGCCAUCCAUGAUCAGUUCGCUGUGAUUGAACUUCUCGUCCAUAAGUACAGUGCCAAUAGGAACAUAAGGGACAACUGCGGUAAGAAACCCUACCACUACCUGCACAAAGAAGCCCCGGGAGAGCUGAAGGAGCUUCUCGGAGACCCGAAAGCCACCCACCAGGAGGCGCAUCAGGUCAGGGAUGACUUCGACCAGCGGAAAUACUCUAUAGGACAACUUAUCCUGGCUCAUCCGGUGGUCCUCAAGAAAAAGAGCAAGACGAGAAACCAGUUCAUCUCCUUGAGUGAUGAUGGCAGAGACAGGGAAGAGCCGAUGUUGCAGAAACUGAGGCUGAAACCGGAUGUCUUUCAAUAACUGAGACUAAAUAUGGAAUACGAGUUGGUUUUGCAGACAAUAUGUGACCCUGGACCACAAAACCAGUCGUUUGGAAUUGAGAUUUAUACAUAAUCUGAAAUAAGCUUUUCAUUGAUGUAUGGUUUGUUAGGAUAGGACAAUAUUUGGUUUAGAUGCAACCAUUUGAAAAUCUGGAAUCUGAGGGUGCAAAAUAUCAAAAUAUUGAGAAAACCGCCUUUAAAGUUGUCCAAAUGAACUUCUUAGCAAUGCAUAUUACUCAUCAAAAAAUAAGUUUUGAUAUAUUUACGGUAGGAAAUUUACAAAAUAUCUUUAUGGAACAUGACCUUUACUUGGCAUAAAAAAAAAUCAUUUUGACCCAUACAAAUAUACCCGUGCUACUGGUUUUGUGGUCCAGGGUCACAUAUAGAAUAUGAGUUUGUUCAAACCACUUUUUAAAGAAAUUAAUACUUUAAUUCAGCAAGUACACUUGAAAUUGAUCAAAAGUGACUGUAAAGAUAAUGUAAAGGAUUUCUAUUUCAGAUAAAUGGAGUUCUUUUAGACUUUCUAUUCAUCUAAGAAUCCUAAAAAAGACAUGUAUUAUAAAAAAUAUGAAGACCCACAACUGUUUUCAGUGUUGAUAAUGAUCGUAAAUGUUUCUUGAGCAGCAAAUCAGCAUAUUAGAAUGAUUUCUGAAGGAUCAUGUGACACUGAAGACUGGAGUAACGAUGCUGAAAAUUCAGCUUUGCAACACAUGAAUAAAUGACGUUUUAAAAUAUAUUCACAAUAGAAAGUGGUUAUUUUAAAUGCUAAUAAUAUUUCAGAAUUUGACAGUUUUUACUGUAUUUUUGAUGACAUAAAUGUAGCCUUGGUGAGCAAUGUCAAAAACAUGAAAAAUCUUACCAAACCAGCUUUUGAAUUGUUGUCUACUUUAUUGUAUUAUAACGUAAUCAGUAACUUGGUUUCUUUUUCCCCCAGAUUAAAAUGUAGCAUUUAUUAAUGACUAAAUCAUGAGAUAAAUGUUGAAAUAUGACAGCUAUUUGUGUUAGGGUGUAGGGAGUGUAACUCAUUGGGAGUGGCUAAAAGCUUUCUAAUUGUUCUUUUCUUGGUUUUUAUGCAUUGCAUGCUUGCACAUGUUCAUUGACGUGUUAUGACAAGCUGAGAAAAAAUUUAGUGAGCAUUUUUGGAAUUAACUUAUUAAAAUGAAUAUCUGAACACAUUUGAGUCAU